UCAUUGACAAAACUCGUCUAAAACGUCAAUCGCAAACCAAAACAAACUGCAUUCGCGCUUUUCUCACAAAAAGUUUUUCCGGCAUUUCCUGGACAAGUGAAAAUACAAUAGGAAGUGAUGGAGAAUGCAAAAGAAGAUGAAGUUCUUUUCAUGGGAAAUUUUAUUCCCAAGAAGGAAUGCCAUGAAGAUAUCCCUACGCAACUGUCAGGAUCAUCAUGUUUAAAGGACGAACCAGCAGAGGAGGUGGUUCAGUUUGUUAUAACUGAAUUCCGGGAGCGUAAUCACAAAUGCCCAACGUGCGAAAUGACUUUCUACGAGGAAUCCCAUCUGCGUGUCCACAUGGUGAAGCAUCAGAAAGUCCAGAAGUUUCACUGUCGGCAGUGCUUUAAGUCCUUCCCGGAGAAAGCAAAGCUCACUGCCCACAUGAAAGCACGACAUAACGUGAAGAGCGCUGCUGAAGGUGUUACAAAGCGCGGAAGACGAAAGAAGAAACCCUCAAGGAGCCCACCAGAUUCACCGGAAGAGAGAACUUGCAAGAGUGGGCGGAAGCCAAAGGAAUUGAGUUUCAAGAGAUCAUCGGACAGAAGUUAUCAUUGCGAUAAAUGCGGGGAGGUGUUUAUUAAACACAUUGAAAUUGUUGAGCAUUACGAAGAAUUUCAUGUCUGGUAGGAAUUCUUUUUUUUUCUCCAACAAAUCUUCAAAUGAAUCUCAUCACCAGCACAUCACAGAAGCAGAGAAAAAAACCACAAAGAAAAUAUAAGACAUAGAAAUGCUGGGAAAAAUGACAAUGAUUGCGAUAAAAUGUAAAAAGGACGAUCAAACCGGAAGAAUUCUGUACAAAAUGUAAGAUAAGAUGAAUUGAUGAUAUUAAAGAGAAUGUAGCUUGUAUGUAAUGAAUUUAAGUACCAAAUUCCCAAUGAAAUUUGUAUUUUUAAAUCAAAGAAAAAUAUAAAUUCCAACAGAA